UAAUAAGAUGACUUGAUUAAGUUUUGAUGGAGAGCGAGGGUGAGCUGUGACAGAAGCUGAGGUUCCCUCCUGCUCCCAUGUCAGUCCCUGGCCCUGGGAAACACAAGGGAUGAUCCAUUAGAAGCAGGGAAAGCAAACAGAAGACAUGCCUGAAAGAAUGGGGAGAUAAAGGAGGGAAAGAAAGGACAGGAAACAGGAGAAAGAGAGAAAGGAAAGGGAGAGAGGGUGUUUAGAGUGGGUAGGAAAAGUGGGUCCCAGAAGGAGGAAAACAUUGCAGAGAAAAAUUUAAUGGGAGAAGGAGUGAGACAGCAGAAGGCAUAUGUAGCUGAAGGGUAUUCUAAGAUAUUUGCAUUACUUGAGAUCUAGAAAUAUAACACUAUGGCCAUCCGGUUAGGAGUGUGUGCCUUUGGAGAGGACGAAUGCCAGCAGAGUGGCCCACAAUAGAGUGGCAAGCAAGUAGCAUAAGGAACAGAACUGGAGCAACUGGAAAAAAAGGUGAGAAGAAACCAGGAAUAUAGUUCAAUGUCACACGGGAUGUGCCUAUGAGGAUGGGAGCCAGAGAGGAAGGCCACAGCAGUGAGAAAAGGGGGUGGGCUUUGUCAUGGAUCAUCUUCCCCAAAGAGGAAGUAAAUAGUGAGAGCUCCAAAGGAGGACUGUAAUUCUUUGCCAGUCUUCAGCAUGUUCUUUUUCCUUCGAGAGACCCGCCGACUGAGAAGUGAGACAUCACACCUGCAGGCGUCUAGUUCCCGACAUGGUGCUCAGAGGCAGUCCAAGGGUGGAUACUCCCGAAGGACAAGCAGUCGGUCCCAUGAAGAAGACUGGCAAUCUAUGCAACAGCCCAGGAUCAGGAGUGCUUCUGACCCUGCCUCAGCCACUGCUUCUGGACCCCUCUUUCACACCCGCUCCCAGUUGGGUGAUGGAGCAACGUUGCCUGCAACCAAGCCAGAGGACAAGCCAUUGCAAGAGACAGUUGGAAGGACCAGUCUGGCUCGUGCAGAAGAAAAAUACCUAAAUAUCAGGGAUAUGGAGCUUAGCCUCACCUCUGUCUUUGGGCAGGACCGAAAGCUGCGAACGGAAGAAAUUGAAGAGCUCAAGGAGGCUUUUCGGGAGUUUGACAAAGAUCGUGAUGGCUACAUCAGUUAUAAGGACUUGGGAGAAUGUAUGCGAACCAUGGGCUACAUGCCUACUGAAAUGGAACUCAUAGAAUUAUCUCAACAAAUUACUGGAGGAAAAGUGGAUUUUGAUGACUUUGUAGAACUGAUGGGCCCUAAGCUGUUGGCAGAGACAGCAGACAUGAUUGGGGUUAAAGAGCUGCGGGAUGCUUUCCGAGAGUUUGAUACAAAUGGUGAUGGGCAGAUCAGCAUAGCUGAACUACGGGAAGCAAUGCAUAAGCUCCUAGGGCAACAGCUGAACUACCAAGAGAUGGAUGAGAUCCUGCAGGAUGUUGAUUUGAACAGGGAUGGUCUAGUGGACUUUGAAGAGUUUGUACGGAUGAUGUCCCGCUGAGAAAAGCAAGCAGCAAUGUAAGAAUGAAGUGCCUUGAGAGAGACAACUGCCAUAAAUUCUAGCUUCAGUCAAUCCAGCCAUUAGGAAAAAAGGCAGCAAACAACUUCACACAUAUCCUGUGUUCUCUGCCUGGAACCAAGCAGUCAUUCCUAAAAUCCAGAAAGUUCAGCCAGCUUCAGCACCUUUAAGGAUGUUGUGGAUCAUAACCAGAGGAAUACCAGAUCUCUGUAUUAAAUAUGGCCAUGAACAUUAACCCUAACUUCUCUUAGAUUUCAGAUGCCAUCAUAUCUUGUUAACUGUUUGCUGUAACACUGAACUUCCACUUUGUUCAUUCUAAGCAGGCUUAACCAACAAAACUCCAUAACUGUUCUGUCUGUAUUUGUCAAAAUAUUCCCAAUACCUGAUUUACUACAAGAAGGGCUGUUUCUCUUUAUUUGUUCUUCCUCUAACAGCUGUUUUCUGUUUCAAAAUGUAUUUUGUUUCCCAUUGUGGCAUUAAUAAUAAUAGGGGUCCUUGGUACUCUCUGAGCUUGCUUGU